UGAUGCAGGAAGGGAAGACUCCAGCCAGGGUGCCCAGGUUGCCAGAAGUUUCAGCCCGUCCACCAGCACCGUAGCCAUAGCCAAGACUUCCAUAGCCCUAGCCGAGACCUCCGUAGCCGAGACCUCCGUAGCCGCCACCGCAGAGACUCCCUCAGAGACCUGCUGAUCCAAAGCCAACGACGGGGGUGGAAGUGCAGGAUGGGACGGUGCAGGAUGGUCCACAGAAAGUCAUGUCUGAUUCAUCUCCACCUCUCCGCCAUGAUUUGCUGCGGACCAGCUUGCACCGUCCCAUCUUGUGCCUCCACCCCAGUGGUUGGGUUUGGAUCAGCAGGUUGCAAAGGAGGUCUCGGCUACGGCUAUGGAGGUCUCGGCUAUGGCUACGGUGCUGGCAGCCUGGUUGAAACUUCCGGCAACCUGGGCACCCUGGCCGGAGUCGCCCCUUCCUGCAUCAACCAGAUCCCCCCAGCAGAGGUGGUGAUCCAGCCACCCCCCGUUGUCGUGACCCUCCCAGGAGCCAUCCUGUCCGCUAGCUGCGAGCCCGUCUCCGUGGGAGGAAACACUCCCUGUGCCGUUGGGGGUUCUGGGAUUGUCGGAUCCGGUCUCUAUGGUGGUCUGGGAUCUGGCUAUGGUCUGAGAAGGGGUGGAUACAUUGGGAAAAGGGGCCUCUUUGGGCGCCGUGGGAGCAUCUGCGGAUACCCCUGCUAAAUCCCAACUGAAGGGAAUCUCAAAUGCUCCACGACUGGCGACCAAGGUGAAGUCCACAGCUGAGCUUCUGGACUUGGGUCCAGAUAUGCUGAAUAUGCAGAAGGCCAUCCCAGCUAGCUAGCCAAUGGGAUUCACCAAUAGUCUGCAUUUCCCAACCAUACCUUCCAUCACAAGCACCUUCUCAGUGCUCUCUGCCUCUUGCAUGAUCUAACUCUUUCUUCACUACUUGAGCAGGCCACUAGAAAACUCAUCUUGCGAUCAAGCUGUAGUUAUUGGAGGGAAAUGGCAUUACACAGCCAGACAUCCAAAACCUCCCAUAAAUGUAGACUGUUUUUUGCACUUUUGUUUGUUUCUCGGAAGCCAACAGACUGUCUGUUAGCAAUGUUUCCAUGUACAUCUGUGCCUUAUUUGGGGCAGUUGUAUAAUAACGCAUUGUUAAAUUAAAUGCUUGCCUUGC